AAACACUACACUUUCCCUCGAAAACCUUAUCCGCUUCUCUCAAGCUUCAACCAUGGCGUCACUGAUACUUGGAGCUCUUCCAAUCUCCACUCAAACGCUCGCUUUCAGCUCUCGCAUUUCGUUUUCCCAGUCUGAGACCCUAUCCAAUUCUCUCCCCUCCUCCACAGCUACCACUCCUUCAGUGUACUGCGGUAGGGGCGAUAAGAAAAUCGAAAGAGGAAAACGUUUCAAUCACUCUUAUGGCAAUGCGAGACCUCGGAACAAAAACAAAGGAAGAGGUCCACCAAGGGUUUCCCGUGCCUGUGGCUUCCCCUUAUGGCACCAACAUAAUGGUAGAUGGGAAGCAAGAAUAGGAAGAGUUUUUGGAAACAAGUACCUCUAUCUUGGCACUUACAGCACUCAAGAGGAAGCAGCUCGUGCCUAUGACAUUGCAGCAAUUGAGUACAGAGGGAUCAAUGCUGUGACUAACUUUGACUUGAGUUCUUACAUAAGAUGGCUAAAGCCAACAGCAGACGAUCCAAUAGCCACUCAAGAACCAGACACAGUCGCAGAGCCUCAGAAUAUGCCAUUCAUGGCCAACAGCUACAUCCCAACACAGGAGUCUUUCUCACACACAAAUCCUUUUGCCUCUGAUUACAUGAACUACCCCCGAAAACAAGAAGUCAUUGGUAGCAACAUCCCUCUUAACACCGGUAGCAAGUCAUCAUCUCCCACUGCACUUGGCCUCCUCCUUCAAUCAUCAAUAUUCAGAGAAUUGGUUCAGAAGAACUCAAAAUUCUCGGAGGAUGAGAGUACUGACGGAGAAGAAACAAAGAACCAGCCACAGGUUGGUAGUGAUGAUGAGUUCGGUGGAAUUUUCUAUGAUGGAAUCGGCGACAACCCGUUUGGUUGCACUUCCAAUUCUGAUGGAGAUAACAACCCAUGGAGCAGCAUUACAAGCACCAUUUUGCUCAAUCAACCAACAAAAGCAAAUGCCUCAGACUCUCUAUUUUUCUUUUCUUAGAUGCAUCAUGGGAAACAGAACUUAGUCAUGUGGAAGAAAUUUUGUUUCACUUUGUAAAUAACAGAAUUGGCGCAUAAAA